AUGGACCACUCGCACCUUCACUCCGGGAUGAGCACCAUGGGGCACACCAGCACCCCGGCCCCUCCUCACCUGCCCCCGGCCACCUCGGGACCCCAUUCCCACGGCGGCGGCGCACACUCGAUGCCCAUGACCUUCUACUUCGGCUACAAGAAUGUGGAGCUGCUGUUUGCGGGGCUGCUGAUCGACUUGGCUGUGGCCAUGGCCAUGGCUUUCGUGGCUCUGUUUCUGCUGGCCCUGGGCUACGAGGGACUCAAGAGAGCUCGCGAGGGGCUCUGCGCCCAGUGCUCGGCUUUCCCCAGAACAGACGGAACCUGCCCCAAGGAGACGCCUGGGCAGCAGCUGCUGAGCGCCGCUCACCUCCUGCAGACGGCGCUGCACGUGCUCCAGGUGGCCCUGAGCUACCUGCUGAUGCUGACCGCCAUGACCUACAACGCCUAA